AUGACGAGUGCGCGCGCGAGUGUGAUUGCUGUGCCGCCCCGCGUUGUGGUUGUUUUCUCUUCUCCUUCUCCGGAUACGUCUACCACUGCGGAGGCGUCUACCACUGUGACAGCGACACCGACAUCGCUAGUCCGAACUCCCUCCGCAGCAGCGCGCACGCCGUCCGUCGAAGCGCUCGAAAAGAGGCUGUUGAGCGCCGGGAACGAUGCGGGUGUAGGGAGCGCGUUGGUUGCGAAUGUUACGGGGCCUCCUUCGUCUGCCGGUGUAGGUCCUGGUUCUCGUGUUGGUAUUGGUGCUGGUGUGGGUGUGGGUGAUGAGAGUGAGAAGAACACCGCGUCGUCGUCGUUGUCGCCGGGUAUCAAGGUCCCGUUGCCGUCGACUAUUAUAUCCGGGCCGUCAGACUCCGGUGCACGCGCUGCCACUGUCGACUCGUCGGGCGCUAAUCCAUCCCUAUCCCCAUCUCAAACCCAAAACCAAAACCAAGACCCGAACUCACUCACAGUCCCAACUGACACGACCACACCCUCGCGCAGCUCGUCGUUGCGCUCGCGGUUGAGUGUGAAGAUUGGGAAGGCGAGGAUGGGGUUGAAUGCGGGGUUGAAUACGGUUACUAGUGUUACGGCGACGGUGGUGAGGCCGGCUGGGUUGGUGCGUGAGCAGACGAAGGUCGGAAUGGGGAUGGGGAUGGUUGUGCUUGGACGUAAGGGGAACGCUAAGGGGAAGGGGAAGGGGAAAGAGGUGGAUGGGGGUGAGAGUGAAGUUGAAGUCGAAGUCGAAGGUGCAGAGAAGCGGGAGACGGUGAAGGUGAAGGUGAAGGAGACGGAGAGAGUGAAGGAGAUGGAGAGGGAGAGAGUGGGUAGAAGGGACAGUUUGAAAGCUGGUGUGUUGGUUGGGAGCGCGUUGAGGCGCGUGCAGGCUGUCGGUGGAGGAGGCGGUGUGGGAAAGAAGGAGGCGGCGGUGCUAGAGACGAGAGACGAGACUGUUCAUGCCAUUCUAUUAUUUCAAGUUCUAUGA